UCAAUUAAUCACUAUUCGUUUACAUUUCAAAUAAUAUACCCCUUCCCGGUGACCCCUCCACAAACACCCCAUCUAAUUCCUCCCUCUCCCUUUGCCUCUAUGAGGGUGCUCCUCCACCCACUUUCCUACCCCUGCCUCCCCGUCCUAGCUAUCUAUGCUGGGGCAUAAAGCUUCCAUAGGACCAGGGGCCUCCCCUCCCACUGAUGUUGGACAAAUGUAUCUAGAGCCAUGGCUCUCUCAAUGUGUACUCUUCCUCUUCCGUUGGUGAUUUAGUCUCUGGCGAUUUGGGGGGUCUGGUUGACAUUAUCGUUCUUCCUAUUGGGUUGUAAUUCCCUUCAGCUCCUUUAGUCCUUCCUCUACUUCUUCCGUUGGUAUCCCCAGGAUCAGUUUGAUGGUUGGCUGUGAGAAUGUGCAUCUGUACUGGUCAGGUGCUAGCAGAGCCUCUCAGGAAACAGCCAUAUUAGGCUCCUGUCAGCAAGUGCUUCUUGGCAUCAGCAAUAGUGUCAGAAACCCCAGCUGUCUUAAGGGCUUAAACAUCUACAACAAAAUCCAUAAGAAAACAGAUAUUGAUAUUUAUUUGAACUUGGGAAGAAAAGUACUUUUGUAAAGAGAAAUAAUUCGAUCACUUAAAAUGAAGAACCUCCAUCAGAAAGAGCUGGGAUGUAGCGGUAGUAGAACACUUCUCUAGCAUGCACAGGGUUCAACUCCCAGCACUGAAACAGAAAUCCGAAAAUAAAAAGACUGACUCUGAACUGAGGCUUACUGUUUAGUCGAACAACUGAUACUUAAAUAGGUUGAUACUUAAAUAAAAAAAAAACUUUAUUCAUACAUAAAGAGGAAAUAAACCAGCAAUAGAAAUAAAUAACAUAUCCCAGAAACAGAAGUAGUGUAUUCCAUAACCUCUUGAAGAGCCAUGCAUCAUUCUGACUGUGGCUUUAAGUACCAUGCUGGCCUCGAACGGCAUUAGGAAGCAUCUCCUUAUUACAUCUUUAAGGGUCCAGGUAAAACUUGGACGGCUUGUUAGUAUUGUAAGAACUAUUUCAUCUGUACUCAUGUGAACGUGUGUUUCUGGGUGUAUGUACACAUGCCUGCAGGAUUCUGUAGAGGCCAGGCAAGGGUGCCAGCUUCCCUGGAGCUGGUUACAGGUGGGUGGACACUGAGCCCCUCCACUGCUGUGUGGACGCUGGGAACUCAACUCCAGUCCUGUGAAAGAGUAGAAAGUGCUCUUAACUAUGGAGCCACCGCUGUAGCCUUGAUUUGUUUCUUAAAAGUUUAGUAAAUCAUCCUGUAAAGUCACCUAGGCUGCCAUUUUCCUUGUAGCAAGAUGAAGUACAAUGCCAAUCUCUCUAUUGCUAUAAAACUACGCACAGACUUAACUUGGAUUUUCUAUAUGAGUCAUUUUUCUAGGAAUUUACUAUGCCCACCCUCAAUUUAUCUGAAUCCUUAAAAUAUUUUUUUUUAUAGUUAUAGGUUUUGAUUGGAGAAAUCUGCCCAUUGUUACAUUUUGCACUUGUGGGAUGAUGUCACAGGUGAGGCAGGUACAGGAUAGAAGGAGGCCUGUCAUUGGAUGAGAAGGAAGGAUGGGCGGGAGAAAAGUUUGAAGGAAGAGGAGGAGACUGGAAAGGAAAAGAAGGGGGUUGGGGAUUUAGCUCAGUGGUAGAGCGCUUGCCUAGCAAGCGCAAGGCCCUGGGUUCGGUCCCCAGCUCCGAAAAAAAGAAAAAAAGAAAAAAAAGGAAAAGAAGAGGAGACAGGAGGGAGAGGAAGGGCAAUAUGGCGGGUGACGUUAAGAUUCCACGAUGUACCUUUACAGGUUGUUACAGGGAUGGAUGUGUAUUGGGCUUUGUAUGUUUAGGUGGGCAAUUCUAUCUUAUCAAUUGGGUCAAAGGUUAUUGUGUUUUGUGUUCUUUCCUGUGUAGAUAUAAGUGUAAUGGAGUGUGGGGCUGCUGGUCUGGGCCGCCACGGAGUUGGGAUGUGUGUUUCUGGCAUGGAAACCUGCCUUGGGAACUAGAUAGGUAGAGAGAUUGCUGCCAGGCUCAGAGAGAGACUUUCGGCAGUGUGAUAUGGGAUGGAGCAAAGUGUGUGAGAGGCUUUGCAGACUGAGAAUUAAGGUAUCUAGCAGAUAUCUUGGGGCACCGCAGUGCCAGACCUAGUGGGGAUAAAAGACAACAUUUUAUUUCUUAUGUUUUUACAACAUGCACUCACAUAUGUAAGUUUAUAUAUUUGUGUGUGUAUACAUAAAUAUUGUAAUACAUCUAAUUAUGCAUUAAUUUCUUUAGUAAAUAUAAUAUUAGCAGUUUGGUUGUUUGAUUAUGCUGUGCUUUCGGUAGUGGGCUUGAUUACUGCAUUGUUCUUUUGCUUUUUUUCCCCUUCGAAUUUUUAAAUUCUUUUAGACCACAAAUAAAGCGUGAUUUGAUGUUCAGUGUGAGUUCUAAGGCAAGGAUUCCCAUUGCUGUGUGGAAGCAAGGCAAUAAAAGAGUUAAAGGAACUUGUGCCCCAUGCCUAGCUCAUAACAGGAGCCUCAGCAGCAUAGCCAGCUGAAGGCUAGCCUGGGCUUCAGGAGGCCUUGCUUCAGAAGCCAAGGUGGGGUCAGAAUGAAGAGUGAGCCCUUGGAAAGAGGGGCUCCACCACUUCUGGAGAGUGAGCUACUAGGAGUGGAGGAAGGCAGAACUGAAUAGGUCAAUAGUCCCAGCCACGUCUGGUCUGCUCUAUGCUGACAGGCCGGGGAAAGGUUUCGGGUAAGAGUGUGGCAAGAUCUGAGCUACGUUUAUAAAGGAUCCCUCUGCCUGUUCUGAAAGAAUGGUUGUGGGAGCCAAGGAGAGACUUGGGUGAAAGAAAGAGAAAAGCCACUGCUGACCACUAAGAUAAAGAGGGGACUCCCCUACACUGUUGCUAUUCUCUCCCCCAGUUCCUGAGGGCUGUUUGGUGUUUGUUUUUUUAAAUUAUUUAUUAUUUAUUUAAUGUAUAUGAGUACAUUGCAGUUGUCUUCAGACACACCAGAAGAGGGCAUCGAAUCCCAUUACAGAUGGUUCUGAGCCACCAGGUGGUUGCCGGGAAUUGAACUCAGGACCUCUGGAAGAGCAGUCAGUGCGCUUACAGGUUGAACCAUCUCUCCGGCCCUGUUUGGUGUUUUUUUUAACCAUCACAAUAAUCCCUGUGUAAUAGGUGCUGUUAUUAAUUCUGUUCUACAAAGAAGGCACUGAGCUUAAAGAAGCAACAAAAUAUGCUUGUUUUUCACAUUAACUAUAAAGCAGAAAAUUUUUUUUCAGGUUUAGAAAAAAAUGUACUGAACAUUAGAUAAACAUAAUUUAAGUCUAGAUGCAAAACGGGCUGCUAAGCUGUAGUAUCCGGGGCAGCUACAACUAAGCGGGUGUGGCUGCUGUAAGUGUUGUCUUUGGGGUUGCUGCCCAACGUCCCUGGGUUAUUAGAGAUUCAACAAACAAACAAACAACAAACACCGAGAGACACCAGGUAACAGAGGAGGUGGUUUGGUGGCUCCUGCGAUGCUGGCAAAUGUCAAAAAGGGAGUGAGCAGUCUUCUCGUGUUCCUGGCCUCUCUUCCUGCUGAGAGCACGCGUUGGCUUCACCGGCGGCCAUGUCUGGCUCUUAGAAUCCAUCCUGCUUCCACAAUCAAGAUGUAGGACUCGGCUCCUCCAGUACCAUGUCUGCCUAGACUCUGCCAUGCUUCCUGCCGUGACGAUAAUGGACUGAAUCUCUGAGCCUGCAAUUAUUUAAAGCACCCCUGCCUGGGAUUCUUCAGAAACCUUCACAGAAAGAAGAACUUCCCUGGCUGUUACAACAGAAGUUCUCAAAGUCAUCCAUCCUCUUGGGCAUGGCUUUAGCAGUUCCUAACUCCAGAUCCUCAAUAACUCUCUGGGAGGUGGAAAGUUCCAUUCAACAAAGAACUGUGAUCUAGGACACGUGUGGAAAUAAAGAUGUGCUUGGCUUGAAGAAGCAUACAUUUCUUGAUGGGAAGAAAACUCUUGUUUAGUUUCUCACUUCUGUUCUUAUGUAUGGUGUUUUCAGUCAGUUUGGAUCAGAUACUUGCCAGGAAGAAUGUAGGUUCUCAAGCAUCUUCCAGCAAAGAAGCGAUUGUACCGAAUGGUCAACUCAUUAUUCAUUUGACAGGUCAAAGGAAUAGCGGAGAGGUGAAACCAGUCCAGAAUCUCACAACGGUGCCCAUCACACAGACUUUCAACUACAAUCUGAGCAAAGCACACUGGAGUACAUUCAGCCAUCACAAUCCUGUUAAGUUCUCCAGGGAUGGGAUUCCCUGCAUCCUCUUCUGGACAAAAAGAAUCACAGUUAAAUUUAAGAAUCAGACGUGGCUGGACCUCACUGAUGAAGCACUUGGUCAAAACACCACUGUGGACACCGGCAACUCUAACUGCAGCGAGGAAAACGCGGUGUUGUCUUUAAAGUUUGGUGAUGCUGAAAAUCCCAAGGAUAUUGAUAUAAGGUUCACCCUAAGCAAUUACAUCAAGCUGUCCAGCCAGAGUUGGUUUAGUUUACACCGUGUCGAGAUAAUUUUCAACAAUUCGGUGCAAGCAACUUUUAAUGCAACCGGUAUAUAUGCUUUGUCAACUUACUCCUACCACUGCCAACGCGUCAGCAGCCUGCGGCGGAACGAUGCGCUCCUGUUGCUUAGCAGCUCAGAUGAUGUGACAAGCCUGUGGGAGGUCACGUUUAUUGAUUUCCAGAUCCAAGGCUUCUCCAUCAAGGGGGCACAGUUUUCUCAGGCUCGAGACUGCAGCUCUUCCUUCUCACCUGCUGUUCUGAUUGGCCUGGCCAUGUCUCUGAUUCUGUUGCUGGUGUUGGCCUAUGCUCUGCAUAUGCUCAUCUACCUGCGCUAUCUGGACCAUCACUACGAGUUCAUCACCUCUCCUGCCCACUUCCCAUCUCUGAGAGCGCUCGACAUAGGGGAGGAGAAGGAGCUUCUGGGGAGCCAGGGAGCAGAAUGCUACGAGCUAAGGAACCAACAGAUCUGCAAAAUCUAUAUUUAGUAACACGAGUCUCCAUCUCCUCACCAAGGCCAAAUCAUCUCCAAAAGACAUUUUUCUCUUUUGUGAUGUCUGACUUGUGAAUUGUUUGAUUAAAAAAAGAGAAAAAGAAAAA